UUUAUUAUAAGCUGUCAAAUUUUUAAAGAAAAAUUUUGUGUUAACUAUUUGUGUUUUAUAAUAGUAUUUUAUUCUGUAAAAAACAUGUCUAAAGAACUUAAUAAUGAAGACAUGUUUAUUGUUGAUGCAAAACCUGCCGAGAAUUUAGACAUUGUGCCGUCAUAUAGACAAAAAAUUGAUGAAGUUGUUCCAAAGCAGCUGAGUUUGAAUGUGACUGAUGAAACUAAUGAUUGCGCUCCUACAGGAAUUUGUUUUAAUUGCCAAGGAAGUCACAGCUUGCGCGAUUGCACGAAACCAAGAGAUCAUGAAGCAAUUUUAAAUAACCGUAAAAAAUUACAAACAACAACAAGAUAUCAUCUAGAUCUAGAAGAUGAACAACAAUAUGGCCACUUCCAAGUAGGAUGCAUAUCUAAUGAGUUACGAGGUGCAUUAGGCUUGGGACCUAAACAAAUUCCGAUGCAUGUUUAUAAAAUGCGAGUUUUUGGUUAUCCUCCAGGUUGGUUGGAGGAUCACAAAAUCAAGCAUAGUGGAUUGAGUUUAAUCGAUGCCCAGGUCAAGAUGUACCAAAAAUCCAAUUCUGAAGACGGUGAACUUGUAGUAAAUGGGCAAGAUUGUAAAUAUGAUGUAAAAAAGCUUAUAACAUACCCGGGUUUCAAUACUAAACCAGAAACUGGUACUUUAGAUGAAAGCAAAUGUUAUGGAGUGCCUCCUUUUAACCCAUUGUUAGACAAGGAUUCGAUGAUAAAAAGAAUUGCUGAUGAUGCAGAAAGAAGCAAAAUGAACUCUCCAGAACUUCCAACAAAUAAAAAUAUCGAUGAUAUGGACAUUGCCACUGAUGAACCUUCACCAACAAAGGACCACGAUCAGAAUGCAUUUUCUCAUUCUUUAUUAUCUUCAACUCCUAAACCUGCUUGUACAUCUGGAGAAAGGACACAGUCACCUGCCAUCGAGAGAUGUGAGCUUAAUAGGCCAUGUUCACCUUCAUUAACAGAGUUAGAGAAUGAAAAGAGAUUACUUUUACAAGAACUAAAUGGUUUUUCUGCAUCACUAUCAUAUGAAUCAUUGCGGGAUGACAGUUUUGUAGAAAGUAAUAAAGAUAAUUCUAUUAAAAGUAAGGAUGCUCAACUGGAUUCCACACAUGAAGCUGAGAAAAAUACUGAUAAUAAAUUUAAAAUUGAUGACAUAAAGGAAGUUAAAGACGAAAAGAAAACAGAAAAUGAAUCUACUAAUACCUUAAGUGAAAUUGGAAAUACCACUGAUGUAGUACAAACUGAUGAACAUGUAAAAAAAGAUUUAAAUGAAGCUAAUAAUGUUAAAAAUGAUCUUGAACCUGAUAAUGUGGAUACUCAACAGAAUGAAGAAAAGAAAAAGCUUUAUGUUGAAAACAUUAAAAGGACAUCUCAUCAAACGCCUAUAAUUAAUUACUCUCAAUUUUCUAAAAUACCUAUUGCUGAAAGUUUUUCAAAAGAAAUGUCUGAUGUAAUCAAUUUUGAAAAUUUGCCCGAUGCUCUUGGCAAAUAUGACAAUAUGAGAGAUGUAUUGAGUAAAGUCAGAGAUUAUACACAGAAGAAGCAUGGAAUAAACUUCCCGAAAAUAUUUCGCCAGAAAUGCAACGUUCCGAUCUAGGAACGACCGUCUUGCAACUGAAGGCUUUGGGAGUCGACAACGUUUUGAGAUUUGAUUACCCUUCUCCGCCCCCUUCGAAAAAUUUGAUAAGCGCCCUGGAGUUAUUAUUUGCUUUGGGAGCUCUUAAAGAAGAUGGCGAACUG